CAAGCUGAGCGUGUCGCUGCGCGCCGUCGCCCGCCCACCCCGCCGUUAAGUCACACACGUCCACCGUCUGUAUCAAAUCUCUUAACGGACAUUUUGGACUUGAAGGCGGCACGAGUGACGGUACGACGCGAGCUCGCCCGCCUCUCCGGUCAAACCGCCUCCCCACGAAGGCACCGGGCGGAACCACCGCGCGCGCGAUACGUGCCACACUGUCGCGACAACUACCACAACUAGAGGAGGGGGUCCUUCCACAUUUCGACGCCGCAAGGGGUGCAGUGUGUGUUGGGGACAGAUGAGGUGAAGAAACUCCAAGAAGGCCACUGGUUCACCUGCUAUCCAUUGGCCGUAACCCCGGGUGACCCUGCUGCCUACUUCCUCUACAUCAUUACAAGGAGGAGGCUGGUGUCCCUCUGGGUGCAAGAAACACCAUGUUCCAAAACUGGAGAGGACUUCCUGCUGCCUCAUAAGACCGCCAAACCUCUUGUGCACCUUCCUCUCGUCUGAGGACCCUCCUUAUCCUCCACAUUGCCCACUGGCAAAGAUGAAGAAGGUGGCGACAUGGUCAGCAGAGGAUGUUUCUGUCUGGCUGAGCAAAGAGGGGAUGCCAGAGUACAUGGAUGCCCUCCGUCAGACGGACGGCCCUGCUCUGCUCAGGCUAAGUGAGGCCGAUUUCCAGAAUCCUCCCCUCUCGCUGGUGUCGUCUGAUGGCGGGCAGCAGAUGAUGGAGCUACUGGAGACGCUGCGAAUAGAGAACCACAUGGUGGCUCACAAAAACGGUCACGCAAACGGGCACGUGGUUGGACUACCUAACGGGACAUGCAAACCCCAGAGGAAUGGAACGCUGGGGCGGAAGGACUUCAGGGUGGAGAUGGACCACAUCCCCAACCCUACAACGGAAGCUUCGCGCUGCUCGUUCCCUGCCGAGUGGAGGAAGACGGGCAUCGCUUUUAUCUACGCAGUGGUGUGUUUUGUUACCACCACUGUGGUCAUUUCGGUGGUCCAUGAGCGAGUACCUUCAAAGGAGCACACCCCACCACUGCCCGAUAAGUUCUUUGACCUGUUUAACAGAGUGGAGUGGGCCUUCUCCAUCUGUGAGAUUAACGGCUUGUUGCUGGUGGGGCUCUGGCUGAUACAAUGGAUUCUACUCAAGCACAGGUCAAUUGUUGGCAGGCGGUUCUUUUUCAUUGUGGGCACACUUUAUAUGUACAGGUGUAUAACAAUGUACAUCACCACUCUGCCUGUUCCCGGGAUGCACUUCAAAUGCUCUCCAAAGCUUCUCGGGAACUGGGAGGCACAGAUGAGGAGAGUGAUGAAGAUGAUCGCUGGUGGGGGCCUAUCAAUCACAGGUUCCCACACCAUGUGUGGAGACUAUCUGUACAGUGGUCACACUGUCAUGCUAACACUAACAUACCUCUUCAUCAAGGAGUAUUCUCCAAAGCGGUUCUGGUGUUACCACUGGUUUUGCUGGACCUUAAGCGCUGUGGGAGUUUUCUGCAUCCUCCUGGCCCAUGACCACUACACUGUGGAUGUGGUGGUGGCAUAUUUUAUCACUACACGUCUCUUCUGGUGGUACCACACGAUGGCCAACCAGCAGUCGCUGAAGGAGACGUCGCAGAGUAACCCGUUCUCGCGGGUGUGGUGGUACAGACUUUUCCAGUACUUUGAGGAGAACGUCAACGGUACGGUCCCCCCUAACUAUCAGCUGCCGUUUUCGUGGCGAGGGCUGCAGUGGAGCCGCAGUGUAAAGUACAGCAGAUUGGACAUCCAGUGACGGCCGCACGUCACAGCAGGCGAGGACUGUGACUUCCAAAAGUGCUGUUUUUACCCACGGAAGAUUGCACCGUUUAAUGUAGCGCUGUCCUUUCUCUUCUAGUAACAGACACAUCCAUGUCCGAAUGGGUAAAUGGGUAGCACUGUGACCCACCUAGUAUUUUUUUUCUUUUUUCUUUGUUGUCAUCUUUACUCUUCUGGUAGUAUUUGUCUAAUUUAUAUUUUCUUUUGUAUCUGUUCCUCUUUGUGGGCCGAAGUUUCUGCCUCUGCAGCAGAUCUAUGAAGCAUUUCAACAAACUUGUAAAAAGGUGUUUUUUGGCCACACGGACAUUUUUCUUCCUCUCAGCACAAAACCAUAGUAAAUGUCUUCACGUUCUUACAAGAUUCUAAGUGCAGAUAGUGAUGGUUAAAUUGCUUAUUUGAUAACCAAAAUGCCAUAAUGCAAUUUUUUUUCUUCCUUUUUUUUAAAUAGCAAAUUCAUUUUUGUAAACUGUCCUUGCUAAAAUGAGUCACAGGUGCAAAAAAAAGAAUAAUUUUUCUAACUAUGUCAAACUUUAUUUUUCAAAAACAAAUGAUGUCCAGUAAAAGAUUUUUAGAUUUUUACCUUUUUCAAGAUGGAUAAGUGAGAGCAUAAGAAUCUAAUGUGGUAAAAACAUUAUUCCAGUGCCUUUUAUUAGCUUGAUUGUAAAACAGUUCAAGUACUAUGUGUCUUGUAUCUCUCUGCCGCGGGUGUGACCACGCCACGGAACGAGUUGGUACUAAGUUAACGGUCGAAUUCCCAUGAAUGUAAAAACAACUACGCCAGCCUUACCAGAAGAUUGGUCUUCCCAAAAUGAAGUGCAGUGAGAGAAAUGUUCCCGUUAUUUAUUGAUGCUUCAUGAUGUCAGUUUUGUGCUUAGUUGGAUAAUGCUGUUCUAACAGGAAAAACAAUGACUGUUAAUUAUUUUUUCAAUGUCUUACAUUUCAUAUUAACCAACACCAGCCAUGUUUCGAAGCCCGGUCGUUGACGACGUCUCGUCUCCUACUUUUGUUUGUCCACCACAUUUAUCUGCUCACACAUAAAAUGCCUGAUUGCAAGUUACAGAAGAAAUGUCUUUGUGCAUCAUUGCUGCUCCGGACAUAAUGAGCCCUGAUGUUGUUCCCCACAUUGAAUCCCAUUUUAAAUCUUCUUUACUGUUCUCUCUGGGAACCUUUACACUAAGGACACAUGGGGGGAAAUGUUCAACGCGACACCUGCGUUGAGUUUUAGGGACUCUCAGAGUUGUGAAAACAGAAGUUUCGGGCAAAGUUUCUGAGCAUGUGUGUGAAGAAUCUGUUUUAUGUUCAGUUUGUCUUGGACGAAAUCGACCCACCACCUGUGUACGAAGUGCAAGGCCAAGCAAACGCUCAACUUGGGACUAUACAUGCGGGGAACAAACGAAAGCAUGAUGCACAGAGCUGGUGAUAUAUUUGGCCAUUUGUGCAAACAUUGAUUUCCAUGAAUGUGAAAAUGCGUCUAUUGUAAUCAUCUACAUGUUUACUUUUUUUUUUCUUUGUGUAACUAUGAAGAAGUGUAAAGAACGAGUAUUACACAAGUUCAUCUAUAGGGAAAACUUGUAACUAAUUAUGUUAAACUUUUAAUUCAAUAUACAGUGAUUAGCUUUUGUUGAAGGGAAAACGCCACCAAGCUUUAAAUUAUACAAGUUCCAAAUCCAUGAUAUUGAUCAUAUAUUUCAUGUCUUUAAAAAUUGUCAAUGGGAGGAGAUGAGAAAAAUACUUUUUUUAAUGUGAGACCAAUUUUAAACCCUUUCUGUAGCAUUGUCCAGUUAUUUCAAACGGUUUCUCCAUUUCUAAGAGCACGAUAUUUGAAGUUACGCCAAAAACUUGGUCUCGAAUAAUGUCCGAGUGCUUUGACGAGGAUUGAGCUUUGGGUUUGUGUUUGUCGUCUAGUUUGCCAAUAGAGUUGAAAUAUUUUAUUGUCUGUUAUUCUGUACGUUAACUCUGUAAACGUCUCACCCACUCGGUCCCCCCUUUUUGUGAGCAUAUUCCAGAUGUUUGUAAGAUAUGAUGGGGGACGCUCUCAUCGGGACGCUUUUGAAUAAACCAUUUUACUAUAAUGAA